AAAACCAGUUUCUUCCCUUCGGUGGGUAAUGUCGCCGCCGGCCGUCAUCGUUAUCAAUGAGUUUGUGGUGAGGAGUGGAAUGGUGGCGUGUGUAACGCGUACGGGUAGCAACAAGCAGUGGUGGAAACGGGCAACAGCGGUGACAAGGUGUUAGCGUAUGCGUCGCUCGACACCAUUGACCCGGGGAGCGCAACCGUUUACUCCCACUGCAGUCGGGCUGUCACGCGCACCCGCACGAACCGGUUGCAAAUGCUCCACCGCCCUAACACAGCCGACGCGGCCAUCAUUUUACGAGAAACGACCGAUCUGUUACCGUUAGCGCCUCCUGUUCUCGGUUUGUAUUUCUAUUCUCACCUCCCAACCAUAUCUCCGCCACCGUGCGUAUGUUCUAGUUAAACGAUACGGCGCGACAGUCAACGCCGUCGUACUCUUCGCUUUGCAAAAAUUAACGGGUCACACCCGAACCGUCGUGCGAGCAUUUCUGUCCGCUGCACGUGAUAAUAUACACAUACAUACUUUUUCCGGAAGACGGAUAACGAAAAUACUUAAUUAUAAUCAAUAAGCCCUGAAUUCUUCUGUUCGUCGGUUCGGUCGUCCGCUACAACCGAUCCUUAUCCUCGUGUCUGUUUGUGCGUGGUCUGCGUGUUUAACCCGUCUCUACUCCGACCGCCGCCAUGUUUGACGUUUUUGGCUCCGUCAAAGGACUGCUGAAAAUCGACAGCGUAUGCAUUGACAACAAUAUUUUCCGGCUGCACUACAAGGCUACCGUCAUCAUCCUGGUCGCCUUCUCGCUGAUAGUCACGUCCCGUCAAUAUAUUGGUGACCCGAUUGAUUGCAUCGUCGACGGUGUGCCGCUCAACAUCAUGGACACGUACUGCUGGAUUUACUCGACGUUCACGCUGCCCAACCACGUCAACGGCCGCGUCGGCAAGGACGUGGUCCAGCCUGGUAUCCGGUCUCACGUCGACGGCAAAGACGAAGUCAAGUACCACAAGUACUACCAGUGGGUAUGCUUCGUGCUUUUCUUCCAGGCCAUGUUUUUCUACCUGCCCAGGUAUAUAUGGAAGACGUGGGAGGGCGGCCGCAUCAAAAUGCUCGUACUCGAUCUCGACUGUCCGAUCAUCAGUGAGGAGUGCAAGACCGACCAUAAGAAGAUACUCAUCGACUACUUUGCCACCAACCUGCAUACGCAAAACUUCUACGCCAUUCAAUUCUUCCUGUGCGAGCUUCUCAACCUUGUUAACGUCAUAGCUCAGAUAUUUUUCAUGGAUUACUUCCUCGACGGUGAGUUCAGUACUUACGGUUCAGACAUUCUUAAGUUCACUGAAAUGGAAUUUGAAGACAGAGACGAUCCUAUGGCUCGGGUGUUUCCCAAAGUCACUAAGUGUACAUUCCAUAAAUAUGGUCCAUCCGGUUCAAUCCAGAAAUUAGACGGUCUUUGUGUUUUGCCACUCAACAUUGUCAAUGAAAAAAUCUACGUUUUCUUGUGGUUCUGGUUUUUGUUUGUUGCCGUGCUGAGUGUUCUUAAUCUGGUGUACCGUACUGCUAUUAUGGUCAUACCUAAAUUCCGUUUACUGUUGUUGAAAGUAAGAUCACGUUUAGUUCCACAAGACGAAGUAGAAAUUAUUUCUAAGAAAUUCCAGAUCGGUGAUUGGUUUGUUUUGUACCAGUUGCGUAAGAACAUUGACCCCUUGAUUUUCAAAGAGCUUAUAUCAGACUUAGCCAAAAAAUUGGAUGGUAAGGAAAGUGUAUAAAUGACAAUCAUGUAUUUAAUUAUUAAAUUAAACAGAAAAGUUUUUAUCUUAGGGAAACAUGGUUCAUAGAAUAGAUAAGCAAUAAUUUAGACAAUUUAUUUAUUUUUUUUCGAUAACAUUUUUCACCACCCCAUGUCUCUGCAUGGCAUAAAUUACAUACUGUAUUUUUUUAAAUUAAUUUCUGAUUGCCAUUAUUGGAGAACACAGGGGUAAAUUUACCUUUAGGUAUUGUGUUCAUGAUUUACCUUUUAUUAAACUAUUGACCAUUUUUUAAAUAUAUUGUUGGUCACAUUUCAUUAUAAGUAUAGUAUAAUGAAUAUUGCUGUUGUGUUUCA